CUUCAAGGCGCCCUCUUCUGCUGGCCUAGCUGCGCACCCCGGACCACAGGCAGCCUGAGGAGGCGGUAGAGGCGGCGGCUGGAGAAUGAGCGAAGGCAGCAUGUCGGACCAGGAGAGGGACCAGGAGAGGGACCAGGAGAGGACCCAGGCACGUCUGCGGAAGGAGAUCCGCUCCCUGCUCAUCUCCAACAAUGACGGCCUGACCCCGCAGCAGCUGGAGAGGGAGUACCUGUCCAUGGGGGGCAGCCACCUGCCGCUCCGUGCCCUGGGCUACCGGACCACCAUGGAGCUGGUCUUGGCCAUGCCCGAUGUGGUGAGCGUCUGCCCCUGCGAAGAUGGCACCGUCAUUCUCAAAGCCAUUCCAGAUGAAACAACCAAAGGAGUAGCAAGUUUGGUUGUAAAACAGAGGAGUAGUAGAAAGCUUCAAAAUUCUGCCCAGAAAGGAAGGGCAAGUGUUGGUUCUAGUUCUGGCUCUCGUGGAAGAGUACCUGGCCGGGGGAAGACACCUCCCAUUCUUCCAGCUGUGGUAAAGAGUGAGCUAAGAGACCUCUUGGCUUUUUCUCCAAUCCUCCUUUCUGAUUUCGAAAAGGCUUUUGCAGAGCGAUUUGGACGACCAUUCCAAUAUAUGCAAUUUGGAUUUCUUUCUAUGUUUGAAGUGCUGAGUGCAGCUUCAGAUAUCAUUGCUGUUGAGCAGACCCAGGCAGGUUCUUUGUUAACCUUAAAGCAAAAUCUACCAAGUGAACAGAAGAGGGGGUUACAAGCAGGUAAAACAUCACAAGCUGGAAAAAAACAACCCAAAUCCUCCAGGCCAAAACCUACAGGAGGGACACAUUUGCCAGAACCUGCCUCAGCUUCUGAGCCACUGAAACAGCCACAUCCAGUGAAAACCACAGAAUUGAAUGGCAUGGAGGCCUCUUCUUUGGACCAAUCUGAGGAAUUAAAUCAGCUGGAAAAUACUUCCAAAUCAGUGAUUGCACAGAUUGGACCAGGAGGGACCAUGAAUUCAGAACUAAAGAAGAAAAUGAAAUUUCUUGUAUCCAAAUUUCCACAAGGAUUGCUUCUUUCUAAACUGCUUGGAGAGUUUGAGCUAGGCAGGGGUUGGGCCGCAGGAGGCAGGAAGGACGGCGAUGCCCCCGCUCUAGGUCCUGUCCUUGGGCUUUGUGGCGCCCCAACCCUCCCAAGGGCCACGGCCACCGCAGCCUCCCGCCAGGGGCCCUGCGUCUCUCGUCAGGGGCGUCAGGGUGGACAGGAGCCGCUGCGCAGGCGCAAGGUCCCUCCUUCACCGCUCGCUCUUUUGCUGGUCUAG